UUCCACGAUCUUCCAAACUGUACGCUGGUGUUUAGUGCAGGAUCCGUGUUAUUCCUGAUUGGAAAGAUAUCAUCAAGAAAUAGCAUGGAACUGUCCGGAGAGCAGCUGAAAAUAGCCGAGGCUCGGCUGAAAAGAUAUUUACCUCGGUCUCAACAGGUUUACGGUAAUUUGGUCCUCAGAAACAGAGUCAGGUCAGACCCUGUGACGGUUUUAGUGGACAGAUGGCCAGAGUUCAGUGUCAUUGUCUGCAAACCAGAAUACGAAGAGAAAGGUGAUCUCUUCAAAGACGUUCUGAUUUUUGCAAACAACGAAGCUCUUCUGGAGGAAACCAUAAGAAAGUCCUCCGUUAUUGAUUGGACCAGGCCCCUUUGUCUUGGAAUCAAUCUUCAACACAUGGAGGUAUUCAAAGCAGUGGCAUCAGAAAAAAAUGUCCCCAGCAACAAACUGGCAGUGUGUCACAUGAUGAUACUAGAGGACGUAUCCAAGCUUCCAUCUAUAGACAGCUCAGGGAUCUCCCUGAGCUCUCUGGAUGAAUCACAUAUUGGCUUGGUAAAUCAGACAUGGAAGUUUGGAAAGGAUGAGAUGGCUCUGAGGAUGAUCCGCAAUAUGACUGUACACUUCCCCUCCUGCUGCGUGCUGGAUGCAGAGCGAAAGCCUGUGUCCUGGAUCCUGACCUAUGCAUCGUGUGCCAUGGGGAUGUUGUACACUCUGCCAGAGCACAGAGGGAAAGGCUAUGCCAAAGUCCUGGUCAGCACCCUGGCCAAGAGACUCCAUGCUCAGGAAUACCCAGUCUACUGUUUUGUAGAGGAGGAGAAUGUGGUCUCCCACAGACUCUUUAAAAACUUGGGUUUUACUGAAGAUCCCUCAUACAGGGAAACCUGGUUUACUUUCAAUGAUAUGUAGAUUAUUUCAAUGAAGGGGAACUUAUCUGUGUAAUAUGUUCUAAUUAACUGAUGAGGCCCCUAUAUUAACAAAUUAGGUUCAAGAUGUCAGCUAAUGAAUUUACAUUUGCCGUGAGAUAAACUGAAAAUGCUAAUUAGAAAUUAGCAAAGAAUGCUAAUGUUUCUGCCUUCCCACUGUACAGGUGAAUGUUAUAUUUUCACUUCAGGUUCAGGUGCCUUAAACUGACACAACCUGUCUCAUGGACAUGAACCUUGCAGAUCUCUCUUCAAACAUUUCACCUCUUUUCUGGAAAAGCACUUGAUGCAUGACUUGAUCUGAAAAGAAAAGAAGAAAUCUUAAUGUAAAU